AUGUCUCAAGCAGGCGGCUACUUCAAAACCGCCAUAUCCCUCUUAUCUCACUUGGAAGAAGGGAAACCUCACUCGUCCAUCACCGAUUGGGUAGAGGUCUUAUCUUCUGAUAGGUACGAUGAACUGAGUCUGGACGGUAUACCAGAAUUGGUGGAGAGUAUCAAUAUCCAAGGGUAUCAAGGUACUACUGAAGCUGCCAGAGCGAUUCGAAAGAAACUGAAAUAUGGGAACGUUCAUCGACAACUCAGAGCGCUGGUUAUUCUCAGAGCAUUGACGGAGAAUGCUGGGAAGGGUUUCCAAUUGGGAUGGGCGAACUCACAGCUCAUGGAGAGAUUGAGAGAAAUGGCCAAUGAUUCCUUACUCGAUCCUAAAGUGAAGAAGAGAUUGAUAUUGGUAUUCCAUGCUUGGUCCCUUCACUACAAGGAUGAACCUCGAAUGCAAGAGGUCGCUCGACUAUACAGUAAAUACGGUGGAGCCGGACCCGGUGUGAAGAAGCCAACCCCGAUGGCCCCUACCAAACAAUCAUCUACCUCCUCUACCUCUUCCGCCCCCACUUCCGCCAAUAGAGGUACCUUCGACGACGAUCUCUUCUCUCACGAUUGGGCGCCAUCGAGAUCCGCUCGUGGACCCGAUACCUACACCGACCUAGCAGCAGCCAAGGCCGACGCCGACGCCAGAAAGCGUGAGCGGGAGAGUCGAAUUCUGAUCGAACAGCGGGAAGCUGAAGUCGAGCGACGGGAGAGAGAGUUGAAGAGGAAACAAGAUAUGGCUGCAUUAGAGGCUAGGAGACAAAAGGAAGCUGCGGAAGAAGCUGAGAGAAGAAGGAAAGCGAAAGAGGAUGCUAAGAAAAAGGGUUCUCAACCUAAAAGACCACCAUUCGACUUCCAAAAGGAGAAACCGCAAGUCAUGGUGGCAAUUGCGAACGCUAUUCAAUGUGCGAAUAAUUUGGUCAACUCUUGUAGGCUCAUCGAUCGAUCUGUCGAGAGCGUCCUAGAGUCGCCUAAAGUGCAAGAUAAUCUCGACAAAGCGAAAGCAGCAAGAAGAAGCGUCAUCAGAUAUAUUCAACUUGUCACGGACGAAGAGUUCGUUGGUACUUUAUUGGAAGCGAAUGAGAAGAUUGUCGAGGCCAUUCAACUGUAUGACAGGCUCUCUAAACCAGCGGUGCUCGACUCUGACUCAGAUGACGAAGCCAAAGAGACCGAGGCUCUCGCCAAGCGACUUGCCGCCCAGAAGCUAGAAGCUAAUCGAACGGGUGAGAUCGAUCAAUUGCAAUCGAGGCAGAAGAAGGAAUCUGCCAGAAGAGAAUUGAAAAGACAACAAUCGCAAAAUGCCCAACCCAAGCCUAGCAGGAACGCUGGUGCGGCACAUCCUGAUUUGGCGGAUCUAGAUUUCGGUGGUAGUAUCUCUGCCAAGGAUAGGGGACUGCCAAAGCCUAUUAGACCGGAUAGUGAUCAAGAGUCGUAUGGACAGGGCUCCCUCUCUGACUUCUCAGAUUACGAGUACGACUCGUCCGACGAAGAAUGGCGUGCGUCCCACCAAAAAGCUCGUUCGAGGGGACCUUCCAGGAGACAGUCUCUCGCUGCCGAACAACCACAAUAUCAAAGACAACCCCCUGCCCGAGACUAUGAGGCUUUGGAAGAUGAUUUUACUGGUGGGGCAGGUGGUGGUAACAGAAAGGGAUUGUUGGAUCCGAACGAUCCGUUCGGGGAUCCAUUUGCAGAUGAUAAUGAUACGCCCAUCCAGGAGAACAGGAGGAUGCAAUGUGAGUGA